AUAAGGUUUUAACCCCAAAAUAAACCCAUAUGCCUCCAUUUCCCACCACCCAAAAAUUGCAUUUUUAUAUACCUACUUUUAAAACUAUACUACUUGAAUACAUAAUUAUGCUAACACAUGAAUACAUAAAAAAGGGAAAAUUUACUAGCUCCAAAAUUCUAACUUAUCAUCACUUCACUUAUUAUAUAUGUGAUUACAUUGCCACAUCUAUAAACUAGAGAGAAACAUCAUGUGCGAGAAAAAGUGCGACCACCACGACGAUAAGAAGGAAGUGUACCGGAGAAUAUUGUGGGGGGUUAUCGGUAUUAUUGUGAUAAUCCUGGUGGUAAUCUUCCUUGUAUGGGUGAUUCUCCAGCCUCAGAAGCCUAAAUUCAUCCUCCAGGAUGCUACUGUCAAUGCCUUGAGUUUUUCGACCGGAACUAAUUUGCUGACUUCAAAUCUUCAGCUAACUCUAUCUACUAAAAAUCCCAACGAGAGGAUUGGGAUUUACUACGAAAAGCUUGAUAUCUACGGAUCCUAUCGGAACCAACAGAUAACCCUCGCCACUCAGUUGCCUAGGAGUUACGAGGGCCAUAAAGAUAUCACUGUUUGGUCCCCUUUCCUUUAUGGCAACUCUGUGCCUGUGUCCCCUUAUCUAGGUUCUGCUCUGAGCCAGGACCUCAAUGCGGGUGCAGUUCUCGUCAAUAUCAAGGUGGAUGGCACCCUCAAAUGGAAGGUUGGCUCCUGGAUCUCUCGAAGGUAUCGUAUCAACGUCAAUUGUCCUGCUUACAUCACUUUUGGCCAUGGCGUAGGGAUCAAGUAUCAGUUUGUUUUGGAUUGCUCUGUCGAAGUUGCUCCCAGCUAGCUACCCACUGGUAAUUGAUUUUGCAAGUUACCAUAUUAAUUUUUCUCUAUUUACAAGUUGAUUGUCGAACUUUAAUACGUUCCAAAGUGGUUACGUAUUAUGCUUUUAGUGACUUUGCUAGGUUUUUUAAUGAUAUUUGGCUAAAUAUCUUGGCAUCGUAAACGUUGCAUUAAUAGCGUGGCACGAUCGUUGCGUUAAAUAAUUGUUUCUAAUUGACAACUUAUUUUUAUCAA